UUUUGAAGUUCAAGAUCUUUUUGAAGUUUUCUCAGAACAGUUAAGCAAAGACACAGAGAAGAUGAAUGAAUCCUCUCUAUGACUAACCAGUCAAAUAUGCAACAAAUGGUAAAUGGCAGAGUCACCUUCCAGAAAAGGAAAGCAUUCACGACAACAUUGCCCUUUUACCUAUGCAGAGCUGCAGAUGAGCUGCCUGCUGGGAUGAACUUUGCCUCCUCAUUUCCAUCCUCACAGGGACGUCUCAACUUGUAAUCAUUAAUGAAUGAUCCCUGUAAUGGAAGGGUGACUCUGCAGCCUGGAUAUCACUCAGAACUGCUUUGGGAAAACAGAAAUUACAGAAAAUGUCGAGCAGGUAUCACAAAGCAGCAGCCGACGGCAAUUUGGACCUCUUGAAAGAAGCCACUAGGAAAGACCUCAAUACUUCAGAUGAAGAUGGAAUGACGCCCACCCUUCUGGCAGCAUACCAUGGGUAUCUAGAAGCUCUGGAAGUCAUAUGCCGGAGGGGAGGUGAUCCAGACAAAUGUGACAUCUGGGGGAACACUCCUCUCCACCAUGCUGCUUGCAAUGGUCACAUCCACUGUGUUUCCUUUUUGAUCAACUUUGGAGCCAAUAUCUUUGCUCUGGACAAUGAUCUCCGCACUCCCCUGGAGGUGGCAGCCAGCAGAGAUCGCAAUGAAUGUGUCCAAAUCCUGGACAAAGCCGCCACUGAGCAGAACAUCCUGAACCCAAAGCGGGUCUCCAAACUCAAAGCACAGGCCCAGAGGAAUGUGGAGAAACAAAUCAAGGAAUGCGAAAAGCGCCAAGAGAAACAUCAGCAUGAAAUGAAUAGGACCUAUAUGAAAGAAAAUGUUGGCACAGUAAAUUCUUCCAAGGGGACACACUCCAGAGUAAAGUUGCCUAGUCUAUUUACUUCAAAUACAACAAGUCCUUUCUCCAAAAAUCUGAAAGAUACCUUCAAACUUAGGGCAAAAAAGACAACUGACAGCACAAGAAGCCAGGAAACACAAAGCAAUGGCCAAGAGGAAGGUACGGGUAAGAGAACUGUGAUGCAUCUGUUCGAUGAGAAAGAGGAGGAUGAAUUACUGAAUGACCUCGGAGAGAAAAACUUUUCUGAUAAUGACAGCCAGCUCUCCAUCUUUAAGCGGCCAGGUCUCGGCAAUAUUGUAUUUGGAAGGAAUUUGGCUGCAGACGUAAAUCCUGAAACAGCGUCUUCUGAGAAAGAAGAUAUAAGCUUUAAAAUGUCCAGCGAGCUCUUUCAGUAUGAACAUGCUGAGAAUGGCAACAAAGAUGAUGCUGAAAAUGGUGCUGAUAUCCCCUGGCAUGAAGAAGUUGUUGUCUGGGAUGAUGAGGAAGCAGAGAACACACCCCUUGAGGUAUUUCUGGCAUCACAGAUGCUGGAUGAGUUUCUUCCAGUCUUCAUGAGGGAAAAAAUUGAUUUAGAUGCCCUGAUGCUAUGUUCUGAUGAAGAUCUACAGAGCAUUCAGAUGGAGCUUGGGCCAAGAAAGAAAGUCCUGAAUGCCGUGAGUAAAAGAAAAGAAGCACUCAAGAACCCUGGAAAGACUGUAGAUACUUGCUUAUAAAUUAACAGACCUGUUGCUGCAAACUGCACGCUGAUUCAGUAUCUUUUCCUCUUUCUGAAGAGCAUACAAUUCUUUUCAGACAUCUGUCAAAGCAAAAGGUGGAGAGGUUACCAAUUGCUGUAGAAAGUAGAGAAAGGAUAAAGAUCUUUCCCUCUGUAUGAAUGGCUGUGGUGCGCAGGAUAUUAUUCAUUCAAGCAUAUUCUGUCAAAAAGACUGAAUGUGAAGACAAAACCCCCAAAGCUCUAGAUUUAAAGCUUUUUCUCUCUGAACUGUUUAUGGGGACUGGAUUCCUUCUCAUCAGAACAACUUAAAAUAUUAGUGAAGGCCAGCCACACUCCUUAAUAAAGCCCUUUCCUUCUCCAAAACCACAAUGCAAAGAGCAUUUCCAAAGCUUGAGAGCUUCAAGUUUUCUCUGUUUGCUUCUGUCAGAUUGCUACAAACUACCCUUCCUGCUACUGAUGAUAUGUUAGAAAUAACACCUGAAUCUUGAUUUCAGCUGAGGUUUAUUGACUUUGAUAGCCUCUGAAUGAAUGUAAAUCACACUAAUUUACAGCAAGUUUCAUGUUCUUGUCAGUAAUGUGUUUUGCUACUGUAUUGAUACUAAUUUAAAACACAUAAAGUACCUCACCAAGAGA